GGGGGAGAGCAGGACAGGGGGAACAGCCAUCCUACUACGGGGAGGAAAAGAAGGAUAGGCUAAUAUAGCCUACAUCAGCACAGCCCCCUGACCGGUCGACUUUACACAAGCCUUGCUUGGGAGCGUAAACUGUAAAAACAAAUCUGAACCCAGAUCAGUAUUCUGGAGUCAGAUCCAUACUACACCAAUCGGGACGCAGGCGAAAGGAAAUCGUGUUCCCGACUAGCCAGCCAGUUCACACGUUACCAAUAUCUACCAGAACACAGACAGAGAAAAUAACGGUGAAGAAAGAAGGGGACUUCAAGGAAAAGGUGUUGGACACACACAAGGAGUUAGUUAGCUCAAGCGAAGUCGCAUGUUGACAGUAGAAAGGAUUUUCUUGUCUUGAAAGAGGCACGAUUAAUGCAAUUUCCAACAUUUUGCAUUACCCACGGAGAGGUAUUUUAGCUAGCCAGCUACGAGAUAGCGGAAUGUGUAGCUAGCUAGAUAAUUAGCUUACGUUAGCUAGCUGAGCCGACAUCUGCAUUUUGGAUUUUGGGUUUUUCUUGCAUUGGCCAAGCAGCUACGCAUUUAAUUUCGAGAGAAGCCGUUUUUCGUGUUGUGUGCUGGAGCCACGCAUGGCCAUGAUGUUCUUUCUUGAUUAGCUUUCUGAACAAUAACAGAACUGUACUGCUUCGCUUUGUAGACUUUUAGCCAAGACGAGAGAUCAACCUCACCUUAUCCAGGUAUUUGCUAAUUCAAAGACGAGCUCAUCAAAUUGUGGAUAUAACACGGGGCAGAAAGGUAAAAAAAGGAGAAAAUAGCAAAAUCUGAAAGACUCAAAACGGAGACUUUCUGCCGUCCAAUGUUAAUGUCGACCGACGUCGCAUCUAUAAUGCUACCCGUUAAUCGGGGAAUAAUGGACCUGGAAAGGGACAUUGAUACAGAAACCGGACCCCUCGCGGACACGACCGGGGGUCCAGCAGCAAUACGUGGAAUGAAACGAGGAGACCCAGAACCCGACGCUCAAACAGCUGCAGUGUUGACCGAAUUAGCUGGGGCGGAGUGCAAGCGGCCAAGGAUAGACGGGUUGGUGGCUGUUGGUGACAUUGGACAGAACAACGAGCCUUUAACCCCCGGUUUCCAUGGCUACCAGCCCCACAGUCAGGCUCCACAGGACUCAGCGGGGGGUCCGGACAGCCUGGGGGCCCCUCCGUUCACCGCCUUCCCUCCUCCGCCCCCGCCCCAGAACGGCCUGGCGGCGUCCGAGUUUGGCGGAGCCAUCUUCUCCGCGGGGGGCCAGGGGCCGGUGGAGGAGGGCUCAGGGGCCAACGGAGCCACGCCCACGCCCGUUCACGUCAUCAUCGCGCCACAGGCAGAGGGCUCCCCCCAGGGUGAGGCGCUGGCCCAGUGUGGGGUGGUGGCGUCCAGCGCCGGGGGGUCUGGUGGCGAGUCCCCCGAGGCCAAGGGCUCCCCCAAGCGCCUGCACGUCUCCAACAUCCCCUUCCGCUUCCGCGACCCCGACCUGCGGCAGAUGUUCGGGCAAUUUGGCAAGAUUCUCGAUGUCGAGAUCAUUUUCAAUGAGAGGGGUUCUAAGGGCUUUGGCUUUGUGACGUUUGAGACUAGUGCGGACGCAGAAAAGGCCAGGGAGAGGCUGCAUGGUACUCUGGUGGAGGGACGCAAGAUCGAGGUGAACAAUGCUACGGCCAGGGUGAUGACCAAUAAGAAGAUGGUCAGUCCUUAUCCCAACGGAGAGGCCCUCAGCACCCUGCCAUACGCCGGGUGGAAGUUGAGUCCCAUGAUGGGGGCCAUGUAUGGACCAGAGAUCUAUGCAGUCCCAGGGUUCCCCUACCCCUCGGCGGCGGCGGCCUCCACAGCAGCGGCGGCAGCAGCGUUCAGGGGGGCCCAUCUCCGGGGGCGAGGCCGGCCCGUCUACAGCGCCGUCAGGGCAGCCGUCCCCCAGGCCGCUCUGCCCGCGUACCCCGGCGUGGUGUACCAGGACGGCGGCUUCUACAAUGCUGCCGACUUAUACGGAGCCUACCCAGCCGCCGCCGCCGCCGCCGCGGCUUAUCGCUACGCACAGCCCACCACCGUAACCGGGGCAACGGCCGCCGCCGCGGCAGCCGCCGCCGCCGCCUAUAGCGACAGUUACGGACGCGUGUACACCACAGACCCUUACCACGCCCUGUCGCCUGCCGCCGCCGCCUACGGAGUGGGAGCCAUGGCUAGUUUAUACCGGGCUGGAUAUAGCAGGUUUGCUCCAUACUAGCGGACACCCUCCCUUCUUGGACCCUCCCACCCUCCCCUACAUCCAGAACUUUUCAAACCCUUCCCUCCCUUCCCCUACAUCUGCCACUCAUGGUAGGUAGGAACUACAAACCCAACAUUCUUUUUGAAGGAGGGAAAACAAAAAAGGUCAUCCAAUUAGGAAUCUGAAAACAACAGCACAGCUCACCUCCCCAAAAGGGUGAUUACACUGCCCAAGCCUCAGAGAACCUGGCAACCCGAUCCGAAGGCCAGCCCAAUGGAUGCACACUAACCAGUUACACUACCGGGCUACGAUGGGUCUGGGAAACAGCUGCUCUGUGUCUCCCUCUCUCUGUGUAUUAUACUCAGCUACGCUCGGUCUUCUAAGCAACCUGGAACACGGCUCACUGCCCAGCUUACCUCAGAGGCUAACACACACACACAAGACGACGACUGCCCAGUUCCACUGACAGCUCCUUCUAUACAGCUGUGUCAAGUGUGCACAGUAGCCAUGUCGGGCUGUCUCUCUCUUCUGGUACUUCAUAUUUGAUACACUACUUCACAAACGAGACAGCUGCCAUUUUGAGCUGUCGGUGAUAUGAUGGACGGAGGGGGAAACGGACGGAAGUUACCGGAAGGUUGGAUGGAUUGAUGGCUGGAGAGACGGAAGGAUGGAGAAUGAGGAGAUGGGCGAUUGAUGUCAUCCGUACGAGGCGAGCAAAGAGAAGACUGGUUGUGUUUACGGUCUGUCAUUACGUCUUACAACACUAAGGUCAAAACAGCCUUUCAAACAGGUCUGAAACAAGCCACACGGUUAAUACUUUGCAACCAAGCCCGACUGUACACAAGAAAACAGUAGGACAAUGACAGCAGGAAAUUGAAACACAACACUUGUUUUUCUGCAUUACCUCAGUUUUUUUUUUUUUUUACUUUCAUUGAAAAAAAGAGAAAACAAAUGCUUAGAAUGGUUAUUGCGAUACAAAAGGUGGAUGCAGAGAGAUUACGUCCACUAAUAUUGAUACUAUUAUUAUUACUAUCAACCUGGUUUCCCAGGAAACGAUGCGCGACUCUUAUUGCUGGUCUUUAACGUUUAUACCUGUUCUUAUAACAGCCAUUGAAGUGAUGAAAACACACAUGCACCUACACACUCUUCCACAACUCUACACAAACUGAUGAGCCGCUACAAAACUCAUGCUGCCCCAUGACAACGACCGGACUGGGCCGGGUAGUCAUGACAACUAUUCACCACACCCCCCCCCCCCCCCCCCCCCCCCCCACCCCCCCCAAAAAAAAAAAAAACUAAUAUUUACAACCUCCCAUAACAACAUGUAUCUAGAUAGGAGCACUUCUCAGGGUUUGUAACAUCAACCCGGAUCUUUAGAAUAGAAGAGACAAACACACCUCUGUAUCUUUUUUUUGUCUUACGAUUGAUAUUUACUUUGAAGAUCUGUCCAACAUGGCUCCCGAUAGCUCUGCAUAGCCUCCACAAUACACACAGCUUGAACUCUCGCUGACGAGACUGUUUCCUUUCCAUCUCUCCACUCAAACGCCACCAGUCGCCGGUAUUUGAGUCCUUUCCUCUGCGCUUUGUCGAGGGCCUGGAAGUGAAAGACAACGUAUAAAAAAGCAGUCCUACCAUGUUCUAUAUCUCCAUAUACUCUGAAUUAUGUUAAUUAUUGCUAUUGUUUGUCUUUUGGUUCCAAAGAUUCUCUUAAAGCACAUUUCGUUUUCUUUUGGUUGUUUUUUUUUGGGGGGGGGGGGGGGGAGCACAGUUGUAUUACACAUUAUCAUACUUUUUCAGAUUUGUUGUUCUUGCUGUCAUUUGAACUCUCUAAUUUCUUUAAUUGCGUGAUCUGAAAAGCUGAUUGUCGGUUUAACAUGAACAGGAAGCAAGCACACUUGCCCUUUAAGAGGUGGUGGGGGGGGGUGGGGGGGUUGGGGUCCUGGAAGAGAACUGAGAACGACAGUCAAAGGGAACAUUUAGGUGGGAAAAGAACAACAGGCUGAAUCUGACACUAAAGUACGUGCAUUAAAAAAAAAAAACGAAAACUGAAAAAUG